CAUAUAAGGUAAUAUUCACAGAUUCUAGGGAUUAGGACAUUGAUAUCUUUGGGAUAUUGACACAGUCAGCCCCAAGGUUACAUAAAGUUUCUUAUUAGUUGAAGAAAGUUUACUCCUGCAGACUUAAUUAUUCAGGGCUUUGAAUUAAAGUUCAACAAUUCAGAUUAAAGCACAAAGUUCUUGUUUGUAAUCAUGUUGACAGGUAAUAAAAUGUCUGAUGAUGCUGGUGACACUGUAGCCACUGGAGACAAAGCAGAAGUUACUGAGAUGCCCAAUAGUGAUUCUUUACCCAAAGAUGCAGAAGUGCACUGUGAUUCAGCUACAAUUUCAAAUGAGCCAACACUGGCUGACCCCAAAGGAGAUGUGCUUGAAAAUGAAGCCAUUCAGGGUGCUGAGACUGCUGACACUGGGCACCCUGAGCUGCCUGAAGACACCAGUGCCAUGGAGCCACCCCUCAAUGGAGAAGUGACCGAGGAGGUGCUUGCCGAAUGCAUUGAUGCUGUCAGCCUUGAGGCAGAACUUGGACCCGAAAUACUCCUGAAAGAACAGAAUAAUCUGGCUGUGGAUUCCUCUCCACAAGGAGGGAGAUGGGCAGGCUGGGGAUCCUGGGGCAAAUCUCUGCUCUCAUCAGCAUCUGCCACAGUAGGUCAUGGGUUGACAGCCGUCAAGGAAAAAGCAGGGGCCACCCUACGGAUUCACAGUGUAAAUUCUGGCUCUUCUGAAGGGGCCCAACCUGACACCGAAAAUGACGUCCCUCAAAUAGCAGAUGCUGCUACAGAUCAGAGCCCCGCAGAAGGCCCACCCGCCUCUCCUUCCUCGGGGUCCCGGGGCAUGCUGUCAGCCCUCACCAGCGCGGUUCAGAACACAGGUAAAAGUGUCCUAACAGGUGGGCUUGAUGCUUUGGAAUUCAUUGGCAAGAAAACCAUGAAUGUCCUCGCGGAAAGUGACCCAGGCUUUAAGCGGACCAAGACACUCAUGGAAAGAACUGUUUCCUUGUCUCAGAUGCUGAGGGAGGCCAAGGAGAAAGAGAAGCUGAGGCUGGCGCAGCAGCUCCCGGCCGAGAGGACCGCACACUACGGGAUGCUGUUUGAUGAGUACCAAGGUUUGUCACACCUGGAAGCUCUGGAAAUUCUAUCUAAUGAAAGUGAAAGCAAGGUUCAGUCAUUUUUAGCCUCACUUGAUGGAGAGAAGCUGGAACUCUUAAAAAAUGACCUAAUUUCUAUUAAAGACAUCUUUGCUGCCAAAGAAUCAGAGAAUCAAGAGAAUCAAGAAGAGCAAGGCUCGGAAGAAAAGGGAGAAGAAUUUGCCAGCAUGCUUACAGAGCUUCUCUUUGAAUUACACGUUGCGGCCACGCCUGACAAACUCAAUAAGGCCAUGAAGAAAGCUCACGACUGGGUGGGAGAUGACCAAGCCGAGGCGCCAGUAGAUGUGGCAGAAGGGACCGAGGAGAAAACUGAGAAGGAAGAAAAGGAAACGGAACCUGAACACCCCGAAGAAGGGAAGGAAGAAAGGAGAGCGAAGGCCGUUGAGGAAGUAUACAUGCUGUCCAUCGAAAGUCUCGCAGAAGUCACAGCACGCUGUAUCGAGCAGCUUCAUAAAGUAGCAGAAUUAAUUCUUCAUGGACAAGAAGAGGAGAAACCAGCUCAGGACCAAGCAAAAGUUCUGAUAAAAUUAACUACUGCAAUGUGCAAUGAAGUGGCCUCCUUAUCAAAGAAGUUUACAAAUUCCUUAACCACUGUUGGGAGCAACAAGAAGGCCGAGGUCCUUAACCCCAUGAUCAACAGUGUAUUGUUAGAGGGCUGCAAUAGCACGACGUACAUCCAGGAUGCCCUCCAGCUGCUGCUGCCGGUCCUGCAGGUCUCACAUAUCCAGGCCAGUUGUUCAGAAGCACAGCCAUGACCCGGCCAGACUCCGUCCAGCUCAAGGAAACAGCAGCUACUUGGCUUUGAUAUAUUUAACAUUGAAGGUUAUAUUUUCUAAGCAUCUGGCUACAGACACCAAUUUGAGGACACUACAAGCAAUUUUGCACAGACAGUAUUGAGAAUGCAAGUUUAAAGAGAAUAUCAUUUCUCUUAAUGUAUAUGGUUGUUUUACAGAUAAUAGUGUUUCUUGAUAUUAAUUUAAACUUACACAGCUUUGUAUUGGUAAUUUCCUUUCAUCUGAAAUUCAUUCACAAAAACUCAUUUCCAUUUUCCUGGUCAAGCAUCCUGUAUUUAGAAAUCCAUGGGCAGACCCUAGACUUUUUCUUAACCCUUUAAAUUUUCCAUUGUUAUAGUGUUACUUUAAAUCAGUUCUUAUACUGAACGUAGUCUUGUUACAUAAAUGUCAUGGGCAAAGAUAACACUAUUUAUAGAUUUACCUGUAAUAGUUAAAGAAGAACAUAAGUAUCUCUUUAGAGCCAUUCAUUCUUGAAACAGACAUUUAUUGAGCUCCUACUGUAUGCUCACAAUAAAGGAACUUGAUCUCACCCCAACAGAGACAAAUUGAAAGAGAGUUUAUAAUAAUUCUUAAAUUGCUUUAAAAUACUAAUAAAAUUUAUAAACCUUAAAAUAUUCAAAGGACAUUCAUGGUUUUUAAAAUGUUCUACCCUUCAACUUAUUUUUAUACCCUUUCUGAACUUUUUUAUCCCAAACUUAGUAUAUGAUAUGAAAAUAUAUAUGAAAAAGGGGUACUACAGAGUAUUUAGUUUAAAAUUGACUUCCUAUGACCAUAAAUACAUGAUAGCAUAAUUACAAAACUUGGAAGUAUUUAAAUAGGAAAUUAAAGGGACUUCAACACAGUAGCCCUAGGACUGCAUUUUUAAAUCAACUACAGUGGCGCCAGGCUGUUUUUUGAACACACAGAUCAUAUUCGCGAGCAGCAAAUACUAUCAUUGAUUCUAAGGGGCAGGAAACAGAUGUGUGGGUUGACUAACUGGUAUGUUGAUCCAUGAGAAGCUGCACAGAAGACCCUGCAGCUGGGAGAGGCAUUGCCAAUGGGCACUUCUCUUCCUGAGCUCUAUGUGCUCGUUCCAGGUGGGGGUGCUGUAGAACGCUUCUACAUUAGACAUCCUCACAGGCACUGUCACAGGGUGUCUUGCCCAGUGGCUCUCUCCAGGGCAAAUAAAACCCAUACUUUUGCAAGUGUGAAAAAUCCCUCCUCUGCAUUGGCUUUUAUUCCCCUGAUAGAGUGCCUGUGUUUCAUACAGGCAUUUCAUUAGUCUAUGUUGUGUAUUUCGUUUGUGUAUCUCCUGAAACAGCCAAAUAGAAAACAUAAAAACAACUUAUUUACAAUCUAGAAUAAAAAUUACUCAAGGAAUCCAUUAAAGAUGGGGUUUUUCUACUUGCUUUUUGAUUGGCUGAAAUGUUUCUGUGAUUAAAUGUAGAAAACAAUUAACUGAAGAAAAUGUUGCAUCUACCUCUUCAGAAAUUUUAGACUUUUUAUGUACAAAGCAAAGGAAAGGACUUAGAUUUACAGUUUCUUUACAUCAGAUUUUUUAGCAUCAGAUAGAUGUAUAGACAUUAACUGAAAUUGUAAAAGAAAUAAUUCAUUUCAAAAAAGCUAGAUUUCCAGAAUUAGACUUCAAGCCUAACUUCAGCCAUUUAGUGCAUAGCAAAAGUUUAAUCAUAAAAUAAAAUAAAAAUCUGUAAAAGAA